AUCUCACACAGUCUGGCGAUGCUUUUGCGCCACUGCGUGCAUUUUGGACUAUAACACUAAAGUUUGCCUUCUGGAGCACUGGUGCCCGUCCUCUUCUUCAAAGGUAUUUUGAUGUUACCUACAGAAAUCUCAGGAGGAGUGUGUUUCAGCGCUAGUCAGCACUCCAAAGAAGGAAGACACGGAAUGAAAACAGAAGAAAACCAGUCAUGUCUUCAGCAGGCCCCCUCCGCCACACCUUACGAGCACGUGGGAGGAGGUGAGGUGUGUGCAGGGUGCGAGUCUCCCAUCGCGGACCGCUUCCUCCUGCGCGUCAAUGAACUGUCCUGGCAUGAGACGUGUGUCAAGUGUGCGGUGUGUCGCAGCGCGCUGAGCGGGACCUGCUAUUGUCGGGAUCGCUUGCUUUACUGCAAGCAUGAUUACGAGAAGUAAGACAGUUCAAUAUGCAGCGUGUGCCUGUAUACACUCCAUCAAAGCCCUAGUAUGGCAAAACAUCCCAUUUUCUGCGUAGAUUAACGUGAAGUACACCAGAACAUUCCCCUAAUCUCUCUGCAAAUGCCUCAUGGGUGUGUUGAUCUUCUGAUCAUGCUGAUGCUCUGUUGUGGAAUAUAAGGAACUUUGGUUACACUUUAUUU